ACGUUUGAUGACUUCUUGAUGGCAUGCAAAUCUGAUUCUUGUGUGUAUCCAGCAGUGUUAUAAAAGAAGUAUAGCCGAACUGUUAGACUGUACAAUGAGUAAAAGACUGAUUGAAUUUUUGUCGGUGCUGGUGGCAGUUCUUGUCGUCCACUCAGCACAAGGUCAUCAAACUCCUCUGGGAGCUGUGAAUAACAAUGGAGACAUUGGAGUUCGUGGAAGCGAUGGCUCGCUACGCCAAGGUCCGUUUCCUUAUUUUCCGUUUCCUUUAGUGCCUUUGGGUGGUGUAAACAAUAAUGCAAAUAUAGGGGUGAGAAAAAGUGAUGGUUCACUACGUCAAGGCAAUGGCCUGUAUGGUGGAGAGUACAAAACAAAACUACAAGAGUUUGGGCAAAAAGCAAAAUGAGACGUUGUUAAGUUGGAUGAGUGACUAAAAUGCUUCACGUAGCUUGGUUUCUUGCAAGAAGUCUUCCAGUUCUUGACUUUUCUUCCGCAUCGAGAUAAUAUUUUAAUUAUAGUAUUAUAUAAGUACACUUUUUAAGUCCUUACGACGAAACUUAAUAGUGUAAGACUUAUUACAUUUUUUUAAGAAUAAAUGCUUCUUUACUGAGUAAAUUAAAAUUAAAAAAGCACGA